UUUGCGGUUUCAUUCGUAAACACACCAUCGGCCCUUUUUAUCGGAAUUCGUUGUAGAUAAGCAGAGAUAAGGAGUGGCAAUUUUGCAGAUCGUUCCAUGAGCAAGCGAUUAUUGAGCACCAUUCGCGUUUUGUCCGCGCCUUCCGUUGUUACCUAGCUCAUCCUGAUGGCGUUGGGUAUGAUCCGCAAAAUAAUUCCGCUGGUUCGUUCGGGGAAAGUGGGCCACACGAUCGACCGAUCUGCCAGCUCAUCUUCGACGGUCACGGUUAAACCGAGAAUCUGCAUCGUGGGCGCUGGUCCAGCUGGAUUCUAUACCGCACAGUACAUCCUGAAGCACCUGGACAACUCACAGAUUGAUAUCGUCGAAAAGUUGCCAGUUCCGUUCGGUUUAGUGAGGUUCGGUGUAGCUCCUGAUCACCCAGAAGUGAAAAAUGUCAUCAACACAUUCACCAAAACUGCGGAGAACCCGCGGGUACGGUUUCUGGGAAAUCUGAGUUUGGGAAAGGACUUUACAUUGGCCGAACUACGCGAGUGGUAUCACGCUGUACUUUUGACCUAUGGUGCGGAACAAGACAACACACUAGGAAUACCCAACGAAACACUGCCAAACGUUUUGUCGGCUCGCGAGUUUGUCGCUUGGUACAACGGUUUACCCGGAUUCGAGAACCUUAAUCCGGAUCUAAGUGGGAAUUCGCUAACCCUGUUGGGACAAGGAAAUGUAGCAGUCGAUGUUGCUCGUAUCGUGCUCUCCAGCGUGGACGAUUUGAAGAAAACAGACAUCACCGAACAUGCACUGGAAGCACUUUCGAGAAGCAAUAUCAAAACCGUGCAUCUCGUUGGCAGGAGAGGUCCACUGCAAGCGGCCUUUACGAUAAAAGAGCUUCGAGAAAUGCUAAAACUAACAACCUGUAAAACUGAAUGGCGAGUCGAUGAUUUUCAUCACGUUGAAGAGAGCAUACCAGAUCUACCUCGACCCAGAAAACGUAUCACGGAACUUAUGGUCAAGAGUGUAGCUGAGCAAAGCGCGACAAACGCACAGAUUGAUCGCACUUUUCGGCCAAUAUUUUAUCGAUCACCAAUCAACUUCAUUGGCCAGACGAAAGUGGAAGCGAUCGAGUACGUGGUGAAUAAGCUUGUUGAAGGAAGGGCUGUUGCUACCGAGCAACGGGAAACCAUUCCAACGGAGCUUGUUUGCCGUAGCAUAGGCUACCGAGCGAUUAGUCUCGACAAUCAUAUCAACUUCAAUGAAAAGAAAGGAUGCGUUAAUAACGCUGGAGGACGCGUUCUAAAACAAACUCUCACCGGUAGUGAUCAAACGAUCGACGAUAUCGAGGAUAAAUACGAAACCGGUUUGUACGCUUCUGGAUGGCUUGCUACAGGGCCGACUGGCGUGAUUCUCACCACAAUGAAUAACUCUUUCGGCGUGGCCGAUCUGGUGUGUCGCGAUUUUCAUAACAACGUCAUAAAACUAAACAGUUCUCGCCCAGGAAUCGAUCCCGCAGGAAAGCCAUUUGUCAGCUGGAACGGCUGGAAAGCGAUCGAUGCGGAAGAAGAACGGCGUGGUUUAUUACAAGGAAAACCACGUGAAAAGCUUACCUGUAUUAAACCAAUGCUAGAAAUUGCAUUAAAUGCUCAAACACACUAAGUUCUUAGAACAUUAAUCAACAGUAAGGUUGAAUUGUUGUUUGCCUCGAUAUUGGCUAGCUGUUAAGUUGUAUUUUGCUUCCUCCUCGGCAUGGGCUUUUGGCUAUUGAAAUAUAUGACCAUA